AUGAAGUAUUUGCAAGUAUCAUUCACAAUAUUGAUAUUUUUAACGGCAUAUAUCGGCGAUUAUGUCAUUUUUCAGUCGAAAUAUUCAAGUUCUCAGCUGUUUCGAGCGGUUGCAGAUAGCACAGUACAUACUACUAUAGGCGCACUAUCAGCGUUACUCUUCUUCAGUAGUGUAAAAAUUACAAAUGAAGCAUGUUUCUACAAUACUGUAAUUUGUACCGUCGUGUCGUGUCUAAUCGACGUUGAUCACUUUUUGAUGGCUAAAUCUUUUUAUCUUAAGGACGUAGCGAAAUUGAAACAAAGGGGCAUACUACAUUGUACAACCUUAUGGAUAGUAAUAACAUUACUCCUAAUAGCAUAUUCUUACAUUAAUCGUAAACAUAAUUUCUACGUUAUAACAUAUAUGAUACUUAUUGCAUUUUCCAGUCAUCACAUAAGAGAUGGUGAAAGACGGGGCUUAUGGCUUUAUCCUUAUGGACACACACGCCCUAUUAAUAAAUCGAUAUAUCUUAUAUUAAUUUGUCUACUUCCAUCUUUAUUAAGUUACAUAUAUAAUUGCACUAAACCGUUGUAUAAAACGAAUGUUUUUUACAAUACCAAUUUAGAUAUUGUUUAAUAUAUUAUCAUCAU